UCGUUCGGCGGCGAGCGGUUUUGUGUGUGACGUAGGUACGUGUGUGGUGCCUUUUUUGCCAGCCGAGUCCAUCCACACGUAGGUACCUUUUUACUGUACGCCCGUCCGUAGCAGCCGGGGGAGCGAAGUACCGAUCCGAUCAGUCUGCCUACUUCGGUUGUGUGUUAAGUAAAUUUAGGGGUCGGCUAACUUGAUUUGAUGGCAAAUUUUCUGCGAGCCGAGCAGCAGCGGCAGCCGCAAUCAAGUUCCCAUUGCUAAAAGUCGAAUUGGAGUUGGAUUGGCAAGUUCGAGAGUGACGACGGGACUCCGGUUCGGUUCACAGAGUUGGCCUACGGUAAACGCGCAGCAAGAUCAGGUUUCCAGCAGUGCGAAAAAUAACCGGUGCGCGCAGUGACCAGUGCAGGUUUCCGUCAGAGGUUCCCUUUUGGUUGCACACAGUUUUAUAGCGGAUUUUUUUUUUCAAGUGCCCACCAGUAGUGCAAAGAACAGGGAAAGUGGCGAAAAAAACUACGUCAAACAUCAUCGGGUGUGAAUGGCGAAGUGGGCAGCUAUCAGUAAAAAUGAACAGCACUGACACAGGAACAAUGGACCAGCAGUACUGUUUACGCUGGAACAACCAUCAGUCGAACCUGACAACCGUGUUAACCACCCUGCUGCAAGAUGAGAAACUGUGUGACGUUACGCUCGCCUGCGAUAAAGGAAUCGUCAAAGCCCAUCAGGCGAUACUGUCAGCGUGCAGUCCCUACUUCGAGCAGAUCUUCGUCGAGAACAAACACCCGCAUCCCAUCAUCUACCUGCGCGACGUCGAGGUUAGUGAAAUGCGCGCCCUGCUCGAUUUCAUGUACCAGGGCGAGGUGAACGUUGGCCAGCACAACCUGCAGAACUUUCUCAAGACAGCGGAGAGUUUGAAGGUACGGGGCCUCACAGAGAGCAGCGCCGACAGGUAUUCGUCCGAGUCUGACAAAAGCAGAGCGGACCGAGCGAGGGUCGAUUCCCGCGAUGGCCGUGACUCCGUACCUCCAACCAGUGUCAAUAACAACAACACCAUCAGCAGUAACAACAACAACAACAAUAAUAACAACAACAGCAGCAACAACAACAACAAUAAUAACAAUACUCUGCACCACCCGUCGCUGCGGGAAAAGGAACUACGCGAGCGGGAGGAGCUGCGCGACCGAGAACGGCGGGAGGCUCAGCGCGAGCUGCAACGGGAACGAGAUCACCAGGUGCGCGAACAGCAGCGCAGUGCCAGUGCCGAUCUGCUGACGCCGAUGGGCACCGACGAACGGGACUACUCGCCUUCGGACGACCGAGAAAUGACAGUAGACAGUAAGAAAAAACGUAAAAUGUCCAGCAUCUGUGAUAAUUCUUUGCCCUCGACACCGAGCCUGAUCAACGAUCGGCAAGGCGGAUAUGAAUCGCAGGCGUCAUCACACAGUAGUUUCAAGCUAAGUCCAAAGCCAGACGAUGAGUUCAAGGGCAGUUCGCCGGCCCCGGUGCACGCGCUGACCGGUCAUCCGAUCAUUCAGUCUAGUAUUAAGCAGGAGUUGCCCGAACUGCCCGGCCGCCAUCACUCGCUACCUCCAGAGCUACUACAGAAAAAUGUUUGGGGCGGUGAAUCGUCGUCGUCAUCAUCGGCAGGGAAAGCUCCUCCCAGCACCAGCCCCCAAUUGCAAACAUCGCCGUCGCCGUCGACAUCCGGCAGCAACCUGGCGGCAAUUACGCUCACAACAACUGCCAUUAAGGAGGAAUCCUCUUCCUCGUCUCCUUCUGAACACCUCCAGCAUCAUCACCACCAUCACCUGCAACAGCAGCAGCAGCAACAUCAACGUCAGCAACAGCAACAUCAACAACCACAAGAACAAAGCCUUCUUUCGUCCCUAGCGGAGCUGCAACAGCUGAAGCAGCAACAGACCUCGGUUCAAAAUCAGCUCCAGCUGGCGCAAAGUACAAUUUCAAUUAUUUCGAAUGCCGCUGCUGCCACCAGAAACUUUUCCGACUGGAACAGUCCGACGAAUCUUCACCGUUACCUACUCCAACAGCAACAGCAGCAGCAACAACAACAACCGCAAUCAAACCGUGGAUCAAUCAGUGCCAAUAAUGCCGCCGAAGAAUCCCUGCUGACGGAAAUGAUCCGACCGGUGACAAGCCACGCCAAACCACAAACCCAUGCGCGAGCCGCACCCGCCGGCCGGGGUCGUGAUUCAUCGGGAGGUACCAGCUCGACCGGGACUUCUUCCUCCCGCAAGGGUGGCCGUUUCCGACCCAAUUGGCUGGACCAGUUCGACUGGCUGAAGUACGACGAGGACAAGAACUACAUGUACUGUGCCUUCUGCCGCCGGUGGAGCAACGACAUACCGGACAUUCGGACGUCCUUCGUCGAGGGUAACUCCAACUUCCGGCUGGAAAUCGUCAACCAUCACGACCGCUGCAAAGCGCACCGACUGUGCAAGGAGCGGGAACUGCGCGAGCUGGAACUGGCCCGCAUGAGCAGUGAUGCGGAUGGUGGUGGUGGCGCCGGGCUGGCAACGUCUUGAACGUCCGAACGCAGCGGAGCGCCCAGAGGCACCGCUAGCCGUAGUACCGUGGUGAAGUGUUGUGAUACCGGAAACCCGUUCCCGUGGAAGCCAUCGCGCCAACCAUGCUGGCGUUCGUUUAGGAUAGUGUUAGUAGCGUUAGUUGUCCUGUAUGCGCGCCGCGCGCAAAAAUUGGACGUUUAUCAAGUGUUUUGUUUUAAUCGUAGAACAGACCGAGGUGUAGAAAUACUUUCAUUCUUCACUAGUAAUUGAGCCGCUCCGAAUUAUAGUGGUCUAUUGACCAUUUAGUUAAUUUUACAGGAGAUGCAAUUGUCUAAAAAACUCUAUAAUAAAUUCUAUGCCAUUAUUUUCUCCAAACCAAGUGUUCUAAUGUGUAGUGUAUAAAGUGAUUCAACAUGAGAAUACAUAAAAAUCCCAACUUUUGUCAAAAUAUACGAUUUAUUCACACCAAUGUACAUAGACCACUAUGAUUUCAUAUAUAUUUUCACCGUAAUCCCCAAAACGUUCCGCACCAUAGUGGUCUAUCUCCAUGAGAUUUGUAAAUGGCUGUAUCCUGCGCUGCUGACCGGCUAGCAAGUUGCGGUCUUCGCGAAGGUUAUUCAAAUGACUACCAGCUUUCGGGUGGUAUGGAAAAUAGCGCAGAAUUGUCUCACUACGUGGCGCUAGUGUAUAUGUAAUACUCAUAUACAGGCUGUAUCUUGCGCUGCUGACUAUCUAGAAAGUUGCAGUCUUCGGGAAGGUUAUUCCAAUGACUACCAGCUUUCGGGUGGUAUGGAAAAUAGCGCAGAAUUGUCUCACUACGUGGCGCUAGUGUAUAUGUAAUUUUCAUAUACAGGCUGUAUCUUGCGCUGCUGAUUACCUAGAAAGUUUCGGUCUUUGGGAAGGUUAAUCCAAUGACUACCAGCUUUAAGAUAAUAUCAAAAUAGUACAGAAUUGUCUCACUACUACAAGGCUAUGAGAAAUAGUUAACUUCAACACUCAAUUUUUUUCUCUAGCUGCCGUUAACUGCCUGUAAAAAAUCCAUCUACCGUCUAUUAAUGGUACUUCUAAAAAGGCCAGAAAAAUCCCACCAACUCACUUAAUCUACUGGUCUCAGUCACGUGAACACAUUCCCAGUUACUUUCUAAACAUUUUGCACGAUUCAUGAAAAUUGUAUAAUUAUAGAAAUUUCGGUGCCAGCUUUUCAAAAGGGUCAAUCUGCAAAAUGUAAACAA